AUGGAUGUAGCACAAGUUCUACACAUGAAUGGAGACGUCGAAGAAGCAAGCUAUGCAAACAACUCCUUACUUCAGAGAGAGGCGAUUUCUUUGGCAACAUCUUUGAGAAUUAAAGCUAUAACUAAUCUAUAUUAUAGCUUGUGCCCUAAAAGUUUUGCAAUUGCAGACUUGGGUUGCUCUUCGGGACCAAACUCUUUAUUGGUGACCUCAGAAAUUAUUAAGGUCGUUGAAAAACUUUGUCAACAAUUGAAUCAUGAAUCUCCAGAAUAUGAGAUUUUUUUGAAUGAUUUAUCGGGAAAUGACUUUAACAGUAUAUUCAAAUCUCUUGAAGAUUUCAAAGAAAAACUACACGAUGAAAUAGAAACUGAUAUAGGUUCUUGCUACAUCUUUGGUGUUCCCGGAUCCUUUUAUGGUAGAAUUUUUUCUAACUCGAGUUUGCAUUUUAUCCAUUCUUCGUAUAGUCUUCAUUGGCUAUCUAAGGUUCCUAUAGGUGUAGAAAAUAAUAAAGGCAACAUUUACCUUUCGGCGACAAGUCCAUCAAAUGUUCUCAAGGCUUAUUACGAACAAUUUCAUAUAGAUUUCUCUCUUUUUCUCAAGUGUCGUGCUCAAGAAUUAGUUGAAGGGGGUUGCAUGAUUCUAACACUUAUAAUUGAAGGGUCUUCUUACGGAUGGGAACUUUUGGCUAAAUCUAUUAAUGAUAUGGUCGUGCAGGGAAUCAUUGAAGAAGAGAAACUCAAUACUUUUAACCUGCCAAACUAUUUUCCAUCUCCAUCUGAAGUAAAAUUGGAAGUUGAAAAUGAAGGAUCAUUUUCAAUCAAUGAAUUGGAGGUUUCAGAAGUAAAUUGGCAUAAUGUUCCUGAUAUGGCUGAAACAGUAGUAAAAAGCACAAGGGCUAUAAUUGAACCUUUGUUAAUUAGUCAUUUUGGUGAAGGUGUCACUAAAGACAUAUUUGAGCAUUUUAGGAAAACAUUAACAAGUGGAAUAUCCAAAGAGAGAGCUAAGAUGACAAAUCUUACCAUAACAUUGACUAGAAAACCAUGA